AUGGCCUCCAUUCUCGAUACUUCAAACACCGAGCGCGUCCCCACCAGCCCAGACGCCAAUACCUACACCUACGCCGCGUCUGAGCUUACGGAGCUCGACUCCGUGGCAACUAUUGAUGACGCAAACACGAGUAACUAUGACAUACUACAACAGAUAGUAGCAUCAUUUCGCAAGGUCAGCCACCAUCCCACAAGAACCCACGUCGUGUUAAAUUAUCACCAGCCAAUUCCAACGACUGCGUCUUCGAGAGACCUUCGGCUUGCUGGGUACCUCGCACCAGUGCACAGGCCACAGCCACUUCCCCCUAUAACACCCAGACUGUCGCCCCGCGGCCUCGACGAUGAAGUAGAAUCCCCGGGGCCGCAGACACCACAGGAUAUUCCCGAAGAGCUCAAGAACACGAGUUAUCUCCUGGCGAGUGUUCUACAAAAGCAGGAUGAGGCACCCGACUACGACCAUUAUUUUCCCUUCCGAAUUGAUGGUCCGAACGCGCUGGGGCUCGAUAUCGGACACGAGUUGAGCAACGAGUCAGACCCCGAGCCCAAGAGUUCCGUUUUUUGGGUUUUGAAUGAGCGAUACAGGCCUCGAUGGGAGGAACAACAGGCCCAACGCGCAGGCAAAUCCACUCACCUAUGA